AUGAAGAUUUUGGAUUUGUUUGUGAUCCUCCUGUACGUUUCCCAGUGUGCCUCAGGUGUGGAGGUACUAGAGGGGGCGAAGUUUGUUCUCCUUCCCUGUGAGUUUCCCACUUUUGAAGAAAAAGAAUCCACAGCUGUGUGGAGUCGCUAUGACCUCAAUCCCUCCACAGUGCACCUGCGUCGACGAGAAGGCGAUGACCUUCAGAACCAAAAUGAGCAGUUCAGCGGCCGAACAGCCAUGAAUCCUGACGCUCUGGAAACCGGAGACCUCAGUCUCACUCUGAAAAAGCUUCAGCUGCCUGACAGCGGCAGCUACACCUGCACCGUCCGUAAGUUUGGAGUAGAACUGGGUCAGUCAAGAGUGGAACUGCAGGUUCAGCGGGUCAAAGGUGGAGGUCAGUUUCCCAUCAGUGUCCCAGUGGCUCUGGGUGUCCUGGCUGUAGUUGCAGCUGUCAUCGUGGGUGUUGGAGUUUACUUCAGAAGCUAUUUUAAGGAAGUCCCACAGGUGGAUGUAGAUUCGGGGGUGGAGUCUGUUCAGCUGCCCUUUAUAACCACAGGUUACCGACGUGAAGAUGUCCACGUGUAUGAGAACGGCUCUGACCAGCCUGAAGAGCAAGACCACUUUUACAGAGACCGAACGAAGAUGAAUGAAGACCUGCUGAAAAAUGGAGACCUCAGUCUGACCCUGAAAUACCCCACAGACAGAGACAACGAUGUCUACACCUGCACUGUCUACAGCAGGGAGGGAAACAUCCUGCUGAAGAGAGAAGUGAGGCUUCGAGUCAAAGUCUGUCAGGUGGAGGUGGAGGAGGGGGCGGAGUCUGUCCAGCUGCCCUUCACAACCACAGAAAACCUGCCUGAAGAUGCUGAAGUGGAGUGGUGGCGCUAUGAACCUGAACCACCGAUGACGGUUCACAAAUAUCACACCGGCUGUGACCAGCCUGAUGCAGGAGACCAGUUUUACAGAGAGCGAAACAAAAUGAGAGACGACUCACUUAAAACUGGAGACCUCAGUCUGACCCUGAAACAGCCCACAGACAGAGACACUGGAAAGUACAUCUGCAGAGUUGAGAGCAAAAGGAUCAAGAGAAAGAAAACAGUUCUGCUGAGAGUGAUGAACUGUGUGGUGGAGGUGGAGGAGGGGGCGGAGUCUAUCCAGCUGCCCUUCAUAACCACAGAAAACCUGCCUGAAGAUGCUACAGUGGUGUGGAGACGCAUUGACCCAUCAGUGUUGGUUCACAUGUAUAUGAACGGCUCUGUCCAGCCUGACAAACAGCACCAGGUUUACAAAGACCGAACGAAGAUGAAUGAAGACCUGCUGAGAACUGGAGACCUCAGUCUGACCCUGAAACACCCCACAGAUGGAGACAGUGGAGAAUACAUCUGUAAUGUCAGCAGCAAAGAAAAAAGCAUUUCAAGAGAGACCACAGUGCUGCUAAAGGUCAAAGUUUCCCAGCAUGCCUCAGGUGUGAAGGUGCAGGAGGGAGCAGAGUUUGUCCUGCUGCCAUGUAAGUUUCUCAGUGUGAAUGUGAAAGAAUGCGCAGUUGUGUGGAGCCGGUCCGACCUCAACCCACCCACAGUUCACCUGCGUGAACCGGAAGGUGAUAACCUUCAGAACCAAAACCAGCAUUACAGCGGCCGAACGUCCAUGAAUACUGAUGCUCUGGAAACUGGAAACCUCAGCCUCACUCUGAAAAAUCUUCAACUGUCUGAUAGUGGCAACUACACCUGCACCGCCCGCAAGUCUGGACAUGAACAGGGUGAGACAACAGUGCAGCUGCAGGUCCAGAGGGCCACAGGUGGAGGUCACAGGGUCACAGUUCUCCUGGUUUUCAUGAAUCUGGCUGCAUUCUUAAUUGUGGGUGGAGGCAUGUACUUCAGACACUAUUUUGUGAAAGUCCCGCAGGUGAAGGUGGAUUCAGGGGUGGAGUCUGUUGAACUUCCCUUUAUAACAGCAGUUCACCUGCCUGAAGACGCUACAGUGAUGUGGAUUGACAGCUUUAAAAGGAUAGUCCAUGUGCAGCAAAGUGACUCUGACCAGCCUCAACAACAACAACACUGGUUAUAUACACACCGAACCGAGAUGAAGAGAAAACAGCUGACAGUUGCCAACCUCAGUCUGACUCUGAAGUACCCCACAGACAAAGACACGGACACAUACACCUGCACCGUCAGCAACAUCCUUGGAAGCAUCCUGCUGAAGAAGCAAGUGAAGCUGAAAGUCAAAGUCCCCUGUGUAGAGGUGAAGGAUGGGGUGGAGUCUGUACAGCUGCCCUGCAAAACCAGACUUCGCCUGCCUGAAGAUGCUAAAGUGGAGUGGACUUGUAUUUACAUACGAACCAGGAAGGUCCACGUGUAUGAGAACGGCUCUGACCAGAUUAAAGAACAGGACCAGUUUUACAGAGACCGAACGAAGAUGAAUGAAGACCUGCUGAAAUCUGGAGACCUCAGUCUGACCCUGAAACACCCCACAGACUGGGAUCACUACACCUACACCUGCACCGUCUACAGCAGGGAGGGAAACAUCCUGCUGAAGAAACAAGUGAAGCUGAAAGUCAGAGUGUGUCGGGUGGAGGUGGAGGAGGGGGCGGAGUCUGUCCAGCUGCCCUUCAAAACCACAGGUAACCUGUCCAGUGCUGAAGUGGAGUGGUGGCGAUAUGAACCUGAACCACCAAUUACGGUCCACAAAUAUGAGCAGGGCUCUGACCAGCGGGGCAAACAGCACCAGGUCUACAGAGAACGAACGAGGAUGGAAGCAAACUCACAGAUGACUGGAGACCUCAGUCUGACCCUGAAGAAACCCUCAGACAGAGACACGGGAAAAUACAUCUGCAGUGUCAAGGACAAGAGGAUCAAGAGGAAGAAAACGGUGCUGCUGAUAGUGACGAACUGUCUGGUGGAGGUGGAGGAGGGGGCCGAAUUUGUCCUGCUGCCCUUCAGAACCACAGAAAACCUGCCUGAAGAUGCUGAAAUAGUGUGGAGACAUAUUGAAUUGGAUCCAUCACUGAUCGUCCACAUGUAUGAGAACGGCUCUGACCGGCCUCACAAACAGCACCAGGUUUACAGAGACCGAACAAAGCUGAAUGACGACCUGCUGAAAACUGGAGACCUCAGUCUGACCCUGAAACAGCCCACAGAGAGAGACAGUGGAGAGUAUGAAUGUAUAAUCUACAGUAAAAACAGAAACAUCUUGAGAGAGACUACAGUAUUACUAAAGGUCAAAGGGAGAGUUCAGGUCCAGGAUCAAACAGGGGACAUCAGGAACAGAAGCAGCUCCAUUGAUCCGACUCCUCUGAUGGCUGAUCAAUCAGUUUGA